AUGUAUGUUCCGGUUGUUUCUAAUGCUAUACCCGCUACGAUUCCUAUCACCACUGUGGUUACUACUGAUGCAACUACCGACUUCGAUAUGUCAUCCAGAUUUCCUUACUCUUUUGGUCAUCCUUAUGGCCCUCCUCAUGGAUUUCAAGGAUUCACUCCACCAGAAUUAUCUCAAGGCUUUCCCGCCGGUCCUUUUAGUCCAUAUGGUCCUUAUGGACCCCAACCUCUGGUUUCUCAGCCGCUCACUUCACAAUACUAUGGCGCCAAUCCCUAUGGGGCUCAGCUUUCAAUGCCUAUGGGAAACCCUGGCUACACUGUAUCACCUGCCGUCAUGGUUACUUACCCGCUUCAAGAGGAACCCAUUGAUUUAUAUCAUGGUCCAAGUAUCCACUCAGAAACUGCCGAAGACGCAGUACAAGGUCAAAUUCAGGCUCUUAUCAAGAAACUGAAUGCCCUCCAAGGGAAGGAUAUUUUUGGCAAGAAAGCGAGCGAAAUGUGCCUCAUUCCAAAUGUGAGGGUCCCUGCUAAAUUCAAGGUACCAGAAUUCGAGAAGUACAAGAGCAGUACCUGUCCUCAUACACAUCUGGUCAUGUAUUGCAGAAAGAUGGUUGCCUGCACAGAUGAUGAAAAACUCUUGAUUCACUACUUUCAAGACUCUUUGUCUGGUGCUCCGUUAAGAUGGUAUAUGAGCUUGGAGCGUGCAAACAUUCAAACUUUUAUCGAUCUUGUCGAGGCAUUUGUGCAACAUUAUAAGUAUAAUCUAGACAUGGUACCAGAUCAUACUCAAUUGGGUAACAUGUCCCAAAAGAAUCACGAAUCAUUUAAAGAAUACGAACAGAGGUGGCGGGAAGUUGCUUCCGAAGUCACUCUGCUUGUUGAAGAGAAAGAACUAUGCAAACUAUUCUUGAAGAUCUUAGACUCCUUUUACUACAACAAAUUCAUUUCAAGUAUGCAUCGUGACUUCAUUGAGAUAGUAGGGGUCGGUGUGCAACUCAAAGAAGGGGUAAAAUAA